CCUUCAAAUCCCUCCCCCCUCUCUCUCUCUAUCUCCUCUGUAAAGCGUAACAAUUUUUUUUGUCAAAACCCUCUCAUUCGCCUUCCUCCACUUCUCCGAUUCCAUUCUUUCUCUCUCUUCUCCUGUGCUUCUUCUUCUACUUUGGUCUUGCUUCUUCGCAGAAGAGACGCGGAUGACUACUGAGGACUUCAAACCGGACGAAGAAGCGCCUCCGCUCUUGGAAGAAGGAGAGGGCAACUCCAAAACCCGAAGGAUCGCACUAUUCAUCGAGCCAUCGCCCUUCGCGUAUGUCUCAGGAUAUAAAAACCGUUUCCAAAAUUUUAUCAAGUACCUUCGGGAGAUGGGAGAUGAGGUUAUAGUGGUCACAACCAAAGAAGGAGUGCCUCAAGAGUUCCAUGGAGCAAAAUGUAUAGGCUCUCGCAGUUUUCCCUGUCCCCUGUAUUCAAACGUUCCGCUUUCACUUGCUCUAAGUCCUAGAAUAAUUUCAGAAGUGGCAAACUUUAGGCCAGACAUAAUACACGCUUGUUCACCUGGGGUCAUGGUUUUUGGUGCUCUUGCAAUUGCUAAAAUGCUGUGUGUUCCCAUAGUAAUGUCAUAUCACACUCAUGUUCCAAUAUACAUACCGAGAUAUACCUUUAGUUGGCUGGUGAAACCUAUGUGGUCAAUCAUUAGGUUCCUUCAUAGAGCUGCUGAUCUUACACUUGUUCCAUCAACAGCCAUUGGCAAGGAUCUUGAAGCUGAGCAUGUCACUACCGCAAAUAGAAUACGUCUUUGGAACAAGGGUGUUGAUUCUGAUUGCUUCCAUCCUCGCUUUCGCAGCCAUGAAAUGCGAGUAAGACUAAGUGGUGGUGAACCUGAAAAGCCUUUGCUAAUUCACAUUGGCCGGCUUGGAGCUGAAAAAAACUUGGAUUUUCUGAAAAAGGUUAUGGAUAGGCUACCAGGAGCAAGAAUUUCUUUUAUUGGGGAUGGACCGUAUAGGGGUGAGCUAGAGAAAAUGUUCAAAGGCAUGCCUGCAGUGUUCACAGGAAUGCUGCAGGGCGAGGAGCUCUCGCAUGCCUAUGCAAGUGGUGAUGUUUUUGUGAUGCCAUCAGAAUCAGAGACCCUCGGGCAGGUUGUAUUAGAAUCAAUGUCAUCAGGAAUUCCUGUGGUUGCGGCUCGUGCUGGAGGAAUCACCGACAUCAUCCCCGAUGAGCAAAGUGGCAAGAUAAGCUUUGUUUUCACUCCUGGAGACCUGGAAGACUGCAUUGGAAAGAUAGAGUACUUGCUAUCCAACAAAGAGUUCAUGGAAGCCAUGGGGAAGGCUGCACGUCAGGAGAUGGAGAAGUAUGACUGGAGAGGGGCGACUAAGAAGAUACGCAACGAGCAGUACAAUGAUGCCAUCAGAUUCUGGCAAAAGAAGAGGGCGCAGCUGCUCGGCCCCAUCCAGUGGCUGGUGAAAAGGUGGUUCCGGCUGCCUGAGCUUACCUAUGGCAGAUGAUAUGGGAAUAUGAAAGGGCUACGGUGUGAAAGGAAGGUAAGACAAAUAUAUAAAUUAUGAUUGAGAUAGCUAUUGGAAGGUGUGGAUGAAUAUAAGUUUGAUUCUUUCUUUGGAUUGAAAUGGUGACAGCAUUUUGCUUGUAAGAAAUAGCUAGCAAUUUUUCUUUUUACUUGUAGUGUUAAGUUUGAUGUCAUGUAUUGUUUCUGCAACAGUCAAAAUGCUUGUUUGCUUCCACGCAAA